AGUUGCAAGGUUGUCAACAAUGGUAGCUCCAGCUAUAUCAGUUCCUGCUACUGCAAGCUUCGCUAUCGCUUCUCGCAGGGCAAAUUCGUCUCACGUUAUAUUUUCUCAGAGAAACUCAUGCUCGAUUACUUGUUCGUUGCCAAGCCCAUAUGGCCAAUCAUCUAAAGUUGGGUUGUCAAGUGCAAGCCGCGGCUUACCCUUUAAACUUGAUGAGAAAAAUACCCAUGAUGCUAGUACAAGUUAUGGUGCAAUUGAAGCCAAGAAGGGGAAUCCACCAAUAACCCCAGCAGUUGUGACUCCCGGAGGACUUCUUGAUCUCUCAACUGUUUUGUUCAGAAACCGUAUAAUAUUCAUUGGACAGCCAGUAAAUUCGCAAGUGGCUCAGAGAGUUAUUUCACAGCUUGUGACUCUAGCCACCAUCGAUGAAAAAGCAGAUAUAUUGGUGUAUAUAAAUUGCCCUGGCGGAAGCACAUAUUCGGUGUUGGCAAUUUAUGAUUGCAUGUCUUGGAUAAAGCCCAAAGUUGGUACUGUGUGUUUUGGUGUAGCGGCUAGUCAAGGAGCACUUCUCCUUGCAGGUGGGGAGAAGGGAAUGCGUUAUGCCAUGCCAAAUGCACGAAUAAUGAUACAUCAACCACAGGGUGGAUGCGGGGGCCAUGUCGAGGAUGUGAGACGCCAAGUGAAUGAAGCUGUUCAAUCUCGCCAUAAAAUUGACAAGAUGUAUAGUGCUUUCACUGGACAGCCACUAGAGAAGGUGCAACAGUAUACCGAGAGGGAUCGUUUUCUGUCUGUUUCUGAGGCUUUGGAGUUUGGUCUAAUUGAUGGUGUCCUAGAAACAGAAUAUUAAAUACCAAUUUAGUUGCAGGUUAUUUUUCUUUUCUACAGAUUUAAAAAUGUUAUAAUUUAUGUCAAAACUUGUAUUCUAGAAUUUCAUUAAUUAAUGAUUAUUUCUUAAUAUUUGAGUAUGCAAUUUUCUUCCAA